CACUGGGGUUUGUGUCUGACAAAUGGGAGUGCAGACUUUCUCCAGAGAGCUGGGAAUUGACAGUUCUCUCACCCUGCAGGUGGUCGGCUGCCAGGACGGCACCAUUUCCUUCUACCAGCUUAUUUUCAGCACAGUCCAUGGGCUCUACAAGGACCGCUAUGCCUACAGGGAUAGCAUGACUGACGUCAUUGUGCAGCACCUGAUCACUGAGCAGAAAGGAACCAAACGCCAACGGUGUGGCCUGGAACACCAAGCAUGAGGACAUGCU